AUGAAUCCUGACGAAAAAGAAACAGAACAAACCUCUAAGAACAAUUUGCCGCAAAAUAAUCCACAACAAUUUGAAUCUUCUGAAAAGGAACAAGUGUCCAAUGAUGUUGUUAAUAGCGAAGAGCAAAAGAGCAGUAACGAAGAGCUUGUCAUUAAUAGACCUGUUACGGUAGAUGAUGUUCUUUCUGGCAAGAUUACUCUUCCGAAGCCUGCUCCUAAGAAUUAUAAUGAUUAUUCUCAACAAGAGUUUCUAGUUCUCUCUGACACUG